UUUCACUAUUAUAAAUACACCCAUAUUCAUGCAAAUUAAUAGUGUACCCAAGAAAAAAUAAAACUUCCUUUUCCACUUAUUAAAAAUUCCUAAAAUGGUUCAUGAUAAGCGAGUUAAAGAUGUAGUUUCCGGUUGGCUUACAGUUUUUGACGACGGUUCAGUAGACCGGACAUGGACCGGUCCACCCGAAGUCAAGUUCAUGGCUGAGCCAGUUCCACCGCAUGACGACUUCAUUGACGGCGUUGCCGUCAAAGAUGUAGUCGCCGGGGAGAACUCCGGUAGUCGUUUCCGUAUCUACUUACCUGAACGUAAUGAUAGUUCGGUUGAUAAGCUUCCCGUCAUUCUUCACUUCCACGGCGGCGGUUUUUGCAUCAGCCAAGCUGAUUGGUACAUGUACUAUGCUGUCUACACUCGCUUAGCGCGUGUGGCAAACGCUAUUAUUGUCUCCGUCUUCCUCCCUCUGGCGCCGGAGCACCGCCUCCCUGCCGCCUGUGAUGCCGGCUUCGCCGGCCUUCUCUGGCUCCGUGACGUUUCCCGGAAGCAAGGUCACGAGCCCUGGCUCAAUGAAUACGCCGAUUUCAACCGCGUAUUCCUCAUCGGAGACAGCUCCGGCGGCAACAUCGUCCAUCAAGUCGCCGCCAGAGCCGGAGAAGAAGACUUAUCUCCGAUGAGGCUCGCUGGCGCAAUUCCGAUCCAUCCAGGCUUCAUGCGGUCCCAGCGAAGUAAAUCGGAGCUAGAACAGGAACAAACCCCCUUUCUAACCUUAGAUAUGGUGGAUAAAUUUAUGGAACUGGCUUUACCGAUUGGUAGCACGAAGGAUCACCCGAUCAGUUGUCCGAUGGGUGAUGCUGCGCCGGCGGUGGAGGAGCUUAAAUUGCCGCCUUAUUUGUACUGUGUGGCGGAGAAGGAUCUGAUAAAAGACACUGAAAUGGAAUUUUACGAAUCAUUGAAAAAUGGGAAAAAAGAUGUUGAACUGUUGAUAAACAAUGGCGUGGGACACAGUUUUUACCUGAACAAAAUUGCUGUUGAUAUGGACCCUGUUACUGGUUCUGCAACUGAGAAGCUUUUUGAAGCCAUUGCAGAGUUCAUCAACAAGCACUAGUUAAAAGAGAAAGAUAUAUACUUAUUAGGUUAUGGGUGCAAAUAAGCAUGGCAAUUAAGGAGAAUUUUGCAUGCUGAAUAUCUGAGAUGAUCAUAUCGUAUUGUUAUUUUAAAUAUUUAUGUUUGUUUUGAUUGUCAGUGUCUUUAAAUUAAUAAGAUAUGUAAUGUUCAAAAAUCUCAUUUUGUGUAAUAACCAAUUUGGUUGGAUUACAUCGUUGUCUUAAUAUUUUU